AGCGAACAAGACAAAAAGUAGGAAAUUAUCGUAUUUGCCCUAUUUGACGACGAUCAUAGAUCAAAAGUAGAAGACGAAGACAAGUUCGCAUUAUAGCUUCUUUUUUGACAAGGUUCUGCUGUAUCUUUUCGCUGUCACGAGACGGAAAAAGUGCAGAUUUCCAUUCGCGAGCAGCUGUACUAGUACAGCCCGUAAUAUUGCCGCGCCAAUUUCUAGUCCACCACUGCAAGACACUUAAUCCGGUAUCAUCAAAAACGCGAAGGAGAAAACAAAAGUACCAGUUAACAUUCUGUUUCAAAGUUAUUUCGCUCCUCUUUUUUCGAAUUAUUUAAAUACUCUCCUGUCUCUACGAUUUGCAACAACGAGAAACCCUGCAUUUUUCGCUCUAAAAAAAGUGAUAAUUAUUAUUGCGCGCAUUGUUCUUUUGAUACGAGAAAAAAACGUCGCCGAAGCAGUUGUUAUUCAACAAACUAUUCGACCCUUCCCUUAGAAUUUUUCGCCUCUCGACAUUGCGGCACAGACGAAAUCAAGAACGAAGAAGAAAGUACUCCACCAAUUUGCAGGGCUCUACUGCGUCACAACUUCGACAAGCGAGAAACAAUCACGUCAAGUGUCAAUCCCGCGGCACAGGAGCACCAAAGGUCCAGCACUAUGUCUUCCCUAAAACAGGAGAACGAGAUGAAGCCCCAGCUGCAGCUGCCCCAGCUGCGGAAUUGCAACGAAAAGAACAAGAAGAACAACAAUGGAGAACUGGGAGAAGCACAACAACCGCAUCAAAGUGAAAAAUCCCCCCUCCCCAUACUGAAACGGACAUUUCUGUUGCUGCAUUUGUGUACACAAAUCAGCUCUGUAUUGCAGUGAGGCACUGCAGGCAAAUUUUCAGCCUGCUUAGGGAUGUUUUGGUGUAGGUGCUUAGCAUAGCAGAGGCCUGCCAUGUAGGCGUAAGAGCAUUACAAAUCGCCUGCAUAAGAUGGCGGAUUCUUUGGAUUUGCCCUCCUGCAAGAGACGCAGGAUUUGGUCUCAAAUCAGCAUCGCAAAUUUUUGUAAGCAUACCCUUUCGGUAUGGGGAGGGGGGAUUUUUCCUCACAAUAAACCGAAGAACGUCCUCUCCCUUCGCGACGAUGAUCUCCCUGCCGCGAUUUUCCUCCCGCACGGCUCGUGGGAUGACGACGACGAGUAUCAAAUGCAAAAAUGUCUGGGUCUGGAAGAUUCAUGCUGUUUUUGCAUGACACACAAGGUCUGGCAUGGAAGCUCUAGCAUCACAGGUUUGGAGAAGCUUCCGCAAUGCCGAAUCCGCAUGAAAAAUCCCCCAUUUUGGUGACAGAAAGUGGGCAGCUUUUGCUACCUAUGCAUGAGAGAUUUUUCUGUGUUCUGAAAUGCGCAUCACAAGUUGCAUUCUUCCAGACCCAGACAUUUUUGCAAUGCAUAACGAGGAGGAGGAUGCGAUUCCCACUUUGCCCGCCCUGCCGCGGCGGGUUAACGGCUCGCCGCGGCUGUUCGACGCCGGUGGUGCCGUGACGGAAGUGUUGAAUCAGGAGUGUCCCGGGAAUAUCAACUGUAAAAAUGUCUGGGUCUGAAAGAUUCUGACACUUGUCAUGCACGUUUUGCAUGAGCCAUGAUGUCUGUGAUGCAUACCCUAGCAAUACAGAUUUUCUGAGGGCUUCCCGAUGCCUAUUCCGCAUGACAAAUGCCUUCUCAGCGGAGCAAAAAUUGCCUUCCCUUUGGUACUCAUGCAAUACAGAUUUUUUUUGAAUCCAAAUGCAGCAUCACAAGUUGCAUUCUUCCAGACCCAGACAUUUUUACAUUUGAUAGGGAAAUUUCCGGUGGUUGGGGACGACGAGCUCGUGUUCAUCUCUUCCGAAAAUGAUGUAUCAAAUGCAAAAAUGUCUGGGUCUGGAAGAGUUGGAACUUGUCAUGCGAAUUCUGGAAUAGGCAAAUAUUUGUAUUGCAGAAGCACCAAAAGCUUCCCAUUUCUUGCUACGCAAAUAGGGAAUUUCUCAUGCGGGAUAGACAUCAGAAGGCCUGCGCAAAACCUGUAAUGCUUUUGCGUGCAUUAGAGACCAGUUGCGUGAUCCAGAAGAUGCAUGACAAACUCCUGCAAUCUUCCAGACCCAGACAUUUUUGCAUUUGAUAUGAUGGCGGCAACACCGAUAUGAUGAAUGUGGUUCCGUUCUCCAUCACUACUUCCCUGUUAGCGAUGGCGGCCGAGGCCCGGGGAGGUAUCCUGAGUAAAAACGUACCCACACCAGAGUUGUAAUGCAGAUUUGCAAUGACAAAGACAUUUGUGAUGCGCAUCCCCAUGAGAGCCAUUUCCAAUCGUGUUUUGGAAUUUGUGAUGCUGUGAACAGGAUCAGCAGGUCGAUUUGUGAUGCAGCUUUCCUUGCUAACUUGCACUACCUUACGGACUGAAACUUGUCAUGCGUGACUCACAAAACUCCUAGGUUUGUGUUGCAAAAUCCUCAUCCUGACUCUGGUGUGGGUACGUUUUUACUCAGGAUAGGAGGAGGAAUUUCGUCAGCAGCUGCGGAGAAAACGAGUACGACGGACCUCUCCACCAUCGCACCCCUCGGGCGGGAAUCCGAAUAUGCACUACAAAUGUCUUUGAGUCUGAAUUUGUGAUGCGAAAGUCGAAGCGGACAAGGAGAUGAUCUUGAUCUGUUAUGCAUCGAUACGAAUUGCCACCUUUUUUUGUGCUGUGAAACUCAGUUUCUUGUCCUGCAUCUGAAGACGAAUCAGUCUGCAAUAAGGCUCGCAAAACUUCUGAUGAUGUUAUGCCGCGCAAGUGGGCGAUCUACCAUGCGAGUAGCAGGAGCAACACAAGUUUCCAGACCCAGACAUACUUGCAGUGCAUACCGAAUGCAGUUGCGCGAGCAGUUCGAGCUCCGUGUCUUCCUGUUCGCCGGUGACAAAAAAGACCAAGGUGGACGACGGUUGUUGUUGA